CACCAGCUCUUCGUGCUUUAGAAAGAACGCGAUGAAUAUUUGUCCGACACUCCUAAAGGAAUCUGCCGAUCGAAUGUUUUAUUUUUCUGAAAACUAGCGUCUAUGUUGUUCUCAUAGAUUUUCUUUCAAUUCCAUCAUAGCGUGAGUGAAAGUAAGUGGAAACUAUUUCGUCGAACUGGAGCAAGUAAAUCAUUUUCCUCGUACCUUGAGGAGAUGAGAGGUUCUUUUAUCGUUUCCUUCACCAAAGGAAGACAAAAGUGGCUUUAUCAGAGGUAAGUCUUUGUAACAAUAGCUUCUUUCCGGUUGCUAUGUUUGAGAAAAAUGAGAAAAUUUUAGGUUAAUAGAACUUUGAAAUUGCGGUUGUGGUACAACUUCUGAACUUCUCACGUGGGCGAGUCAGUGGCGAGCUGCCCGCGGCGAUAUAGAACUGAGUAGCGACAGGAAAUUUGCAUCAUAUUUUACUAUCCUCAAUAAUGUACUGCCGAAAGAAAUUUCAAGGAGAAUUUAGUGCUCGUAAGCUCUCCAUGAAGGCCAUCGAUUGAAAAACAACUUUGAAAGGUGCUAAUCCUAAUCAUAUUUCGAAAAAACAACGACCGAAUUGUUUUUUUAAGCAUUUUUGAUUACAUUCACGCGUUUUUUUCCUGUUAAUAUUUAAAGUUCCCUAUUUUAGGGUACAAGGGUAUUAAGGGUUGUUUCGAUUUAUUCAGUUAUCGUACCGUUUUAUUUUUCAGAGUUAUUCAGACGUUUACGUCACUGCGAAACUAAAAAGUGAAUCUAAUACAGCCCGCCUCCGGAAACAGAUCAAUUUUCAAGACAACAUUUUAGUGUGUGAACCCAACGCAUUGAUCGAAUAGUCGUGAGAAACGGCGAGGGUGGACACGCAGAUAAACUGAGAAGCGCCCGAGAUCAUCUGCCGCUAUCAAAGUUUGAAGAUUAUUGGUGACCAUCUGCCAGAUUUAUAAAUAGGCAAGAAGCCUCGAUCUCUAGAAAUUAUUCCGGCAAAACGUUAGAUUCGUAGAAUUAUCGCACUUCCAGAACUAUUGCGCACAAUGAUUGGCUGUUUACUAACGUCACGUGGUAAGAGUCGUCGUCGAACACGGAAAUUGCAGUCGAGCGAAUGGAUCAAAAUGGCCGGAGUACCUCCAAGCAGUCGAAGUUCGCGAUUUCUUUCUCGUUUGCACGAUGCUCUAACACACGCCGUAACACCACGAUUGCAAAUCGACAGGAAGACUAUCGAGAAAACAUGGAAACUGAUGGACAAAGUGGUGAAGCUAUGCCAAAAUCAACGGCUGUCGUUGAAGAACAGUCCCCCUUACAUUCUAGACAUACUCCCCGAUACUUAUCAACAUUUGAAGUUAAUUAUUUCGAAGUACGAGGAUCGUAUGCACAUCUUGAACGAUUGUGAGUAUUUUAGGAUAUACAUCGAGAACCUUAUUAAGCAGUCGAAGCUCGCCAUCAAGCUUUUUAAGGAAGGCAAGGAGAAAAUGUACGAUGAGGAUUCGACUUACAGACGAAGCUUAACAAAACUAAGCUUGGUCUUCAGCCAUAUGCUUGCUGAAGUCAAAGCAAUAUUUCCUCAAGGAACUUAUAUAGGCGAUGGCUUCAGGAUUACAAAAUAUGAUGCAGCUGAAUUCUGGAGAAAGUCGUUCGGUGUUGGGUAAGGAAAUUUAUGUUAAUUUUUUGUUGAUGAUAUUGUUAUUGUUCUUCAAACCGAGGAGAUCACUGGAUGGAUUUGCUGUGUUUCAGUGUGUAACUCAUAAAAACUCCUCGUUUCAGAAUUAUUGAGGUUUUUUGCAGGUGGUCCUUGCCCGGCCUUAUCAGUUUGAAGCUUUUUUAUUCGUUCAAUUGCGCUUUAGUCUUCAACGCAUUUAGAGCUUGUCAAAACGGAAAACGAUAAAGGAUUAAUUUUCUAAAUUGCGUGGCUCGCUUGACGUGAAAAGUCAGGUUAAGUAAGCUUAACAAGUCUUUUGUUUGAAAAUAUUUCCAUUGAAAUGAAACACAAUCGGCAGGACAAUUUUCCUUUUGUAUUAAAUGCAGGUGAUACAAAAUCUUCUCCACCAACGGGCCUUCUUGUAACUGUAGUUUUUCGUACACUAUUGAAGCUUAAUUUUAAAACCUCUUAUAUGCUGCAGAUGCCAAGCCUCGCACAAAAAAUGAGCAUUUAUUUGACCCCAAGUCUGCUUUAUUUUAAUGAUGCAUGAAUUUAUAAAGAGCAUUCACUUUUGAGGUUAUAAUUUCCAAGGAAGGUGUUCACAGUAUGGAUAAUGUGUUUUACAGUUUGACGUUGUAAACACAAGCUAUUAUCUUCGUUGUUUAAUAUGUUAUUGGUCGCCAUAUGUGGAUUACUUGUCAUACAUGCAAAUACAUUUAAAUAGCAACAAAAAUUGUUUCACUGCAAAUUAAUUCUAAAAGGUAUAUUAUAUUUGGAAGUUUCAUCUGAACAUCUUUUGUUCAAAAUAGCAAGCAACAUAAAAUUAAUAGCAUCAUCAAUCCUUACAGUGUGAAAGAAGCUGUGUGUGUAGUCAAGUAAAUCCAGGCUCAAAAUAAUGUUAUAAAGCAACCAUUUCAAGCUGGCUUAACUGCAGUUGGCUGCUUAUUAAUAUGAUCUUUGAAAAAUCCAACUCAGUGCUAUGUAUUGGCCAUUUAAAUGAUAAUUAAGUGCAUGUCAGUGUUUGAUUCGUUGAAUUCAGUCUUGACCUUAAAACAAUUUUAUUAGAAGGUCCUGGAACCAAAAAUGAGUGAUUAUUUUUGUUCAUUGUUUGUCUCCAUGUUGUGGAACUUGCCCUUUCGAAUUGGAAAGCAGCGACUGUUGUGUCAUAGAUAAGUUGCAAAUCAGAUAUUCAAGAUUUUUUCUUUAGUGAAACAUGUUUUGCAAGUAAAACUUUUUGACAGGUCAAACAUAUUUGAAAGAAAAAGUGAAAGAGGGAGAAGGGUGUGUAUGUUACAGAUUAAAGUUAUAUUCAGAUUUAAUUUUUUUUACCGAAGUUGAUUCUCAAUUUCCUCUGUCUCCUAGCAAAGGAAAUUGAGAAUCAACAUAGGUUAAAGAUUUUUAACCUGAAUUUAAUUUUGAUCUGUAAUAUAUAUUUGAAGAAGGCACUUCUUCAGUUAGAAAGACAAUAUUCAUGAUAUUUUAGCGUAAAAUAAAAUUUUAUGUUGGCAAGCAAUAUGAAAAGCUGUGAGCCUGUGGAUCACUGCGGUGUUAGCCCACUUGGUAUCUCCUUACUUGGCACUGUGCCUAAUAUAUUAUGCCGUGUGCCCUCUUAGUCAGCAUUUUUUUUAUUGCUGCAAGUUCAAGCUGGCUCUUCUUGCCUAAAUUUUGCUCACCAAAGCCUUGUGUGUUGUGUUAUUUCUUAGUUGACAUACCAUAACAUUAACAGGGCAUUUACCCUUGCUAAAGAGUCAAGGAAAAAUAACUGAAGCAGGACUGCAAGUAAUUUUUAUUUCUUGAAAGGAUAUAUGUCUGAUUAAGUCACCAUUUUGGCCUGACAAAAUGGUAAUUGUAGACAGACUCAAUCAGGGAUGUGUUGUUCAUCUCAGGUAGACCUAGUACUGCCAUGUAUUCACUGUAAAGCCACAAAGCAGUGCUUUUUUCCUGACUCAAAUUCUCCAAACUGAUGUUCAUACAUAUCAUUAAAGAAUUACUCAAGAGGAUUUGAUAAAAGAUCAGAGCAUUCUCCCUCAGGGCCUAGUUGUUCGAAGGCCGAUAAGCGCUAACCGGGGGUUAAAUUUUAAUCCCAGUUUCUUUUUCUUUUUUUAAAAGCACUUUCUCGAACAAUUCUCUCUAUUCUUUUUAGAGCAUCCAAUCAUCAGAUUGUAAGAAGAAUUAAAGUGAAUUUGCUUUUUAAUCUUUUGCACUAACCCUGGGUUAUCUUAACCCAUGUUUGAACAACCCAGCCCUGGUGAUUAUUUUAUUAAUUCUCGUAACUUUUUCUCUUGAUUAAGUAAUGACAUUGUGUGAAGAAAAUUGAUGUUGGUCACUCUUGCGACCUGAACUGUUAAUAAUAAAUUAUUUCUACUACCGUUUAGUAAAACAACUGUAUCAUGGAAGCAGUUCCGUCAGACUCUCCAAACGGUACAUCAUAUAAGUUCUGGUUUGGAGGCAAUGGCCUUGAAAUCAACAAUAGAUCUGACCUGUAAUGACCACAUAUCCAUUUUCGAGUAUGACGUCUUCACAAGAUUAUUUCAACCAUGGUCACAUCUACUUCAGAACUGGAAUCUUCUGGCUGUAACACAUCCUGGUUAUUGCGCAUUCAUGACGUAUGAUGAGGUGAAGGCUCGCCUUUGUAAACAUCUAGACAAGCCUGGAAGGUUGGUUGUUGAUUUGUGAUAUAUUUGAUAUAAUAGUAUCAAGUUUAUACUUAAUAAAUAUAUUGUAGUUAAUUCUUAUUUUUAUAUUGUUUUUUGGGUAUGGUAAUGUUUGCUAAUGAAUAUGAAACAAAGGAAAAAUAAAAAUUACCUGAAAUAAAAAAUUAACUGCAACAUAUGUAGAUACAUACAAUGGAUAGCAGACGUUUUAAUAAAUUUUUUAGAUGAUGUCAGGGCAGGUGGACUUUAAUUACCCAGUUACUUUACUUUUCAGAUGAAUAGAUGAAAUUUGCAUGUUUAAGACUUCCUUUCAGCUAUCAUUAAUGAUAAUAGUGAUAACUAAAUGGUACCAGUUUUUCAGACAAUAAUGUUUACUUUGUGGUCGCUUUACAUAAAUCUAGGUGGAGAUGAAAGGGGAGGAGCAGGAAAAAAGAGGAAGUGAAAAAAUAAGAACCUAUCAGACAUUAAUCACAGUAAAAUAACUGCAUGAGGCUGUGUGUGAUAUGAAGAAUUAUGCAGACCAAGGAGGGUGUUGGCCAAGGUGCAUAACAUCCUCUAAGAUCUGCAUAUUGGUAUUUCUUUAUUUCAUACAAAAGCUGAAAGGAUGUGGCAGUUAAUAUCAGUCCUUCCAAAUAUCUUGAAAAGCAUCUUUUGUAAAUGAGUUGAGGGGUUUACCCACUGGCCCUAGUUGUUUAAAUGCUGGAUAGUGCUCUCCACCGGAUAAAUUACUAUUCAGCUGGGGAUAGGUAUCAGGAAAACCCAUUACGUUAUCCACCGGAUAGGGGUUUAUCCAGUGGAUAGCAUUUUCCACCUUUUUAACCCUUUAAGCCCCAGUAUCCACAAACAAAUUCUCCAAACUGAUCUCUAUACAUUUCCUUAAAGAAUAAGUAGAGAGAAUUUGAUAAUAGAUCAAGGCAUUUUCUCUUGAGUGAUCAUUCUAUUAAUUCUCAUAACUUAUCUCUUGACAGUGUAUGGAUAUAGUUUGGAGAAAUUUGAUCUUGGUCACUAUUGGGACUUAAAGGGUUAACAACUGGGGUCUGGAAGAUUAGGGGAUUAGUAAAUUGUAGCUUUUCUGAUAUUCAACAUGUAAUAUGGUUUAUUACAGCUAUAUCUUCAGAUUAAGUUGUACAAGACUUGGCCAGUGGGCCAUAGGAUAUGUGACGCCGGAACACAGUAUUCUACAGACUAUCCCUCAAAACAAGUCACUGUGCCAGGCGCUCAUAGACGGAGCCAGAGAAGGAUAGUAAGUCUUCUUCCUCUAAUCCCUUUUACUUCCGCACGUGGCUUAAAUCGAUUUUAAACGAAAAUUCAAAAUUUCAAUUUUGAAAAUGAAGAAGAACAGAUAGUAAUAUGUGAAAGUACUGUUAGGGGUGUUUCAUUUCAUAUAUCUAAAAUAAUAUUUACAUUGUUUAACCCAGACAGGAUUAGCUCAGUUGGUAGAAUGCUUGACUGCAGAGCAGGAAGUUGUGGGUUCAAUUCCUAGGGCUGAUCCACUACUCAGGGUCUUAAAAUAACUGAGAAAUGAAGGCACUUCCUUCGGGUAGCUAGGAUGACCAAUGAUGUAAAAUGGUGGUCCCAUCCCCUGUAGGAGAUGGAAAUAUAGCAUGCCCUGCCCUCGGUUAGUACUUUUGUGCUAAAUAUUAUAAUUGAUUGACGUUCAAAUAAACUGCAUUUUUCUAGUUAUCUGUAUCCUGAUGGUAAACCAGACAACCCUGAUGUUAGCCACCACUUGAUAACCCCGCCCGAUGAACAUAUUACUGUCACCGAGGAGCAGUAUGAGCUGUACUGCGAGAUGGGCUCCACAUUUCAACUCUGCAAAAUCUGCGCUGAAAACAACAAAGAUGUACGCCUGGAGCCCUGUGGUCACUUGAUGUGCCACCUCUGCUUGGAGCAGUGGCAGGAGACUGGGGGGGAGGGAUGUCCGUUUUGCCGUUCUGAGAUCAAAGACAUGCAAACCAUUGUUGUUGACCCUUUUGUUCCGCAUCAUGAACAGCCAUCAAGUACAAGUAUGCCAGCUGAGAUCCAAGAGAAUCAGGUUGAAUUUGAUGAGGAGGAAGUAAUGGAGGUCAGGAUAGUGUAACAAAAGUCUCCAUUUUCAGAACAGUGAACAAAGAAUACUUAGAUAAGAAAGUAGUGAUUGAUGAGUGACUUGAUUGCAGAGUUAAUUACCUUGUCAUAAGUAGGUAGGGUAUGAUCAUUGGGUUCAGUGUAGUCCUGAAUAGCAGGGUUCUCAAUAGAUUUUUAAGUAGGAGGUGAUCACUGAUAAAGUAAGAGGCUCUUCAGCAAAGCCAGAGGUGUCAAAACAAAGCAAAGAAAAGCGACUUAAACACAAAGUAAGCGGCUAUAAAUCCGAAAGUAAGCGGCGAUCAAUCGCCGGGUGCCGCCUUCUAUUGAGAACCCUGGAAUAGGACUGUUGUUGAAGGUGACUGAUGUUUCAAUAGCCUGUCCCGUAGUCAUCUUCAGAGUCAGCAUGAGUUGUAUCAUGCUAGUUGAUGGUAUUAAAUGCUGGUUAUCGAUUUGAUUGGUCUAUUAUUUCAUGAUGUUAUUGGCCGUCUGUGAAUCACAAUGUUAUCAUCUUACUACAUAUACCACACUAUUGUUUGUGGUCUUCCCUUUGUUAAAAGGUUUUCCAACCCCAGCAAUUUUUAAGCAACAAUAACCCUAAACUAAGCACUAAAUUGAAUUAAUGUAUGUUUUUAAAUUUACUGUCGAUUGCAUCUGAGCGUGGACAUGAGACAAAAAAACAUGUUCUAAUAGGGUGCCAGACAUGAAGUUUGGCCGCCGUUAAAGCACACUGUCACAGCAAAGGUUAAGUUGCUUGCAUGUUUUUGAUCAGCUUGUUCUACUUAUGUUUCAUUUUUCUCAAUUUUGAGUGAUAUUUCUCGAUCAGAAACAGCACACUUGCUUUUAAGAAUUUUUCUUUGAAGUCUUACAAAAACCCAGAAAUUCUUCUAAACGUUUUGCGAUGAAUAUUUUGUUGAGAGAAAACAAAUCAAGUCGACAAACAGCUGCCCACUUUGCACAUGAACGUUCGUCUAACGCCACCUCAAACUUCAACGAUUUAGUGGCAAAAGAUGUCAUGCUUUCACCCAAUUAGAAUAUUUUUUUUUGUCGCAUGUACACGCUUAGAUGCAACCGAUGGUAUGUCAAUUUGGUUAUUACCCAUGAUAAUACUGUAUUUUGUUUCUCUUCUCAGGAUCCAAGUCAGUGGAUAACAUUGCAGUCUCCUCAAGAAAGUAAUGACCUGAACAGACAUUUGGAGGAUGCUCCGCCACCCCUACCUCAAAGACGAAACCAACUGCUCAAUGUACAGUCACCAACUUCACCCACCCUCAUAGUAACACAUGCUUCGCCAUUUAGUUCUCCGAGAAGCUCAUCAAGGUCCUCUCCACACAGUUCUCCAUGGAACUCACCAAGAACCUCUCCUAGGAAUUCUCCAAGAAGUUCGCCGCUGGCAUCUCCAAACGUUUCACCUCAUUCGUCACCCCAGGCAUCACCUUGUAAUUCACCCCAAAACUCACCUGCACAGAUUCGUAAAGGAAGACCUCCACCACCACCAAUUAUUGACAAUGAGAAUGACAGCCCUCCUGCUAUACCAGAGAGGAGUUAUAAAAGCAGGGGGAGUGUGGAGAAAAAAGAUAAAAACAGAGAUGUCAAUCGUGAAAGAGGGGACAACCGAAGGGAUACGAUUGGGUACGCAGAUAUUGAUACUUCAAAUGUGCCUAGUGAUUCACAUAAUCAAAUUUCCCAUCAGAAUAGGACAAAUUAUGCACAGCUAGCCUAUCCUGCUCCCAACAAUGACUUGGGUGCUAGCGGUGUUGAAAGAAGCACCGCAAAUGGAAACAUGUUUGCUGAAAUUUGUACCAAUGAUGAAGCAGCCUGCUAUGAUUUUCCGCUCCCAAUUUUGUCAGACAAAGGAGAUAACACACCCUUUAAGCAGAAUGGCUUGUCUAAUAGCGCUGGCAGCUUGGAACCUGUGGCUGACCCCUUUGCUGAUGAUCCAUUUGCACAGUGGGAUGAGUCCAAAGACAAGGAGUUUGAAAAUGACUUUUUAAAGGGUCCUUUAGUCGUGGCACUUCCUCCGCCGCGUUCACAAAGCUUUGACACUUGGGAGGCACGCGGAACCAAUGAUAAAGGUAAACGCCCAUCGUCUUCUAGGACCUUUAUUAAGGCAAGGUCAACAGAUGAUGUACUUGAUGAUCCUACGUAUUCAAACGUAAAAACCGCUGCUAAUAAACGUGGAAAAAACAGGAAUUCUGCAGCUGUAUUUAACCCCCCAAACACUUUUCGUCCUUCACUUGUCUCACGGAAUAGCUGGUCUGGUGCAGAAGCCAAAAGCUUCAGUAACCCUACAUAUACUGCUGAGAAUUUUGACCCAAGUAAGUUAGAAGCCAUCGAGGAUGCCAGGCACCGAAGACUUCCCAGACUUCCGGAUGACAACUCGAACAAUGAUGCAAUGCAGUUUUAUGAAGAGGAUUUUACCAUCCUUCAAGCCCAAGGUUAUUCUCGAGAGGAAAUCACCAGGGCUCUUAUUGUGGCUGAGAACAACUUUGCUAUGGCCAGAAAGAUACUUCGUGAAUUUUCUCAAGGGACCAGAAAGUUAUGAAUAUUUUCACUUUCAAUCAUCAGACGGCUUAUUGCAGUGGAUCAUUUGCUCUCAGGGUCGUCGAAGAAAAGCAAUGAAGAAACAGGAUUACAGUCAAGGCAGGUCAGGCAUACCCCCCAAGGUUUUAUUAAUAAACUGAUUUAAAAAAUGAAUCUGUUAGUCAUUCCCAUAACUCGUGUCAAAUUCAAUUCGGCAUUCCUGCAUGUAUAAUGAGCAGUGAAUGUUUUACGAGAACUUGUCUGUAUUUGGUCAGAUUAAAAAUCUUUGAAUGGAAAAUUACUUUGAAGACAUUUCUAUCAAAUUUAGGAAAACUGAGCUGGUAGAAAUUUCAUGACUACCUUGCGUGUGCAUUAUCGGUUCAUUACACAUGCACGAAUGCAGAGAUGAGUCUGAAAUCUACAACUGCCAAUGGAUUUAACUUUCGAAGAAUAAAUUCAUUAAUGGCAUCUUUGGGGUACACUUGACCUGGCUUGACUGUGGUAAUACAACUAUGUUGGGCAGUCAGCAAUAUUGUUUUCUUUUGAGAGCUAAUGAAUAAUGUCAAGUACUUCAGGACAAAUAAUUCAGUUAGAACCAUGUUGGUUAAGCUGUUUAAAUUAUUUUUAAGAUAUUGGCUUGCAAUAAGCAGUAAUAAUAAUUAUUAAAAUACUAUUAAUUCUUGAACACUGACAGAUUAACGCCAUGGAAUUCCAUCUAUUAGAAAAUGCACAUUUUACAGAAGCAAAAAUUAAAUUCUGUGACAUGUUGCCAUGGACAAUGGCACAUGAAAAACAUGAGAAUUAUGAAAGUAGGACAUGCAUUGAAAAUCUUUAGGACAAUUAACUCCAUAGAAUCUUUAUUUAAGAUUUUUGACAGCUAAACAUGCUAAAACUACUAGCAGAUUGCUAGUAGAGGCAUGAUUGGGUCCCAUGUAUUUUAGAUAUACGGUGUUCUUUCCCUUUUUUGGUUUACUACCCUUAGCGUUAAUAAAGGUGAAGUGAUUGUUGUAUCUUUGCAUAAUUUGUUAUUCAAAGCCACAUUCAAUAAUAGGUUAACUUCAAAGUGUCGUGGUUGAAAUUCCUCACAAACUACCCAAGGUUCUUUUUGUUGUUGAGUUUUGUCAUAAUGUUUUGUUUUCUCUGCGAAGAAAUAAAAAUAAUAUUUUUUUCUUGAAAAUUGUAUGAGUUAGAGGAUGUAAGUCAGGAAGUGUUUAGUACAAAAAUAAAUCAAAGUACUGUCUACCAAGCUACAAUGAUUGCAGAUUAUUGGUUUCUUUUUUGGGAGCAUCCCUUGGUCUUGAUUGUUUUGAAGCUCCAUGCAAAGGGAAAACCAAACUAGUCAAUAGUAGCCUAUCAAAGAAAUAAUAGGUAAGGGUAAUAGGACUGAGUGGAGUACAAUUCAGGGAGUAAUCGGGCGAGUAAUUCCAGUGCGAGGCCGAUUUGAAAUUACAAGCCAAAUCACCCUGGAAUUGUACGGCACGAAGUCCUAUUACCAAUAAAUAGUGUCAAUAACAUUUUAUGAGAAUCUCAGUCCUGGAAUAUUA